GGAGCCACACGUGGAGAGACACGGAGAGACACACAUAGAGAGACACGGAGAUACACGGAACCACACAUAGAAAGACACACAGAGACACACAUAGAGACACACAGAGCAGCACGUAGAGAGACACAGAGACCGUGCAAGAGACAGCCACACAGAGCCACAGAGACAAGAUAGAACGACACAAAAAGAGACACACGGAGCUACGCAGAGACACCAAGAGACACACAGAGACACACAGACACACGGAUACACACAGAGACACGGAGACACACGCAGAGACACGGAGACAGACACACAUAGAGACACAGAGACACACACAUAGACACAUAGAGACACACGGAGACACGCACAGAGACACACACACAGAGACACACCCUCAGAGACACACACAGACACAUAGAGACACAUAGACACACACAGACACACACACAGAGACACACAGAGACACACAGAGACACACCAUAGAGACACAGACACACACAGACACAUAUAGACACACACACAGAGACACACAGAGACACACAGAGACACACACACAGAGACACACAUAGACACACACACACAGAGACACACAAAGACACGGAGACACACACAGAGACACACACAGACACACACAGACACAUAGAGACACAUAGACACACACAAACACAUAGAGACACACACACAGAGACACACAGAGACACACCAUAGAGACACAGACACACACAGACACAUAGAGACACACACACAGAGACACACAGAGACACACAGACACACACACAGAGACACACACAGACACGGAGAAACACACACAGACACGGAGACACACACAGACACACACAGACACAUAGACACACACAACAACAAUACACGUGUAUAAACUCGACGGCAAGGUUGUGCAACCUCACAAGUUUGUGAGUUAUAACGCGACACAGGAGAAACAACAACAACAACAACAAAAGUCGGAAGAAAAUCAACGCGGAUCGACUGACUUCGAAUCGCAUCAACAACAACAACAAACAAACAACAACACACAAACGACAACAACAACCAAACAACAAACAAACGACAACAACAAACAAACCACAACAACAAACAAACGACAACAACAAACAACAAACAAACAACAAACAGACAACAACAAACAACAACAAACGACAACAAACAACUAGAAAAAAGAACAACCAACCGACAUCAAACAGACAACAACGAACAGACAACAACAAACAACAAAACCACAAACAAACAACAACCGACAAACAAACCACAACAACAAACAAACAACAAACAACAACAAACGACAACAAACAACAAGAAAAAACAACAACCAACCGAUAACAAACAAACAGACAACAACAAACAGACAACAACAAACAAACAACAAGCAACACCAACAAACAACAACAAACAACAAACAAACAACAACAAACAAACAACCAACAAACAAACAACAAACCUCGUCGUCGGUGUUCCAUCUUCCUCGCCGUCGGCCCCCUGCGAUGGCGUUCAUGAUCAAGUCGAUGGUUGGAGGGCAGCUGAAGAACCUCACGGGGGGAGGAGGCGGCGGCGAGGAGGCGGCCGCCUCCGAGGGAGCCGCGACUCCGGCAGAGGCGCAGGGGAUGACGCGGGAGGAGUUCGAGGAGUACCAGAAGCAGGUGGUGGAGGAGAAGAUGGAGAGGGACGCGAUGUAUGCGUCCAAGAAGGCUGGGAGGGCGACGGUUCGGGUGGAGCUCCGGAAGAAAUACAGACUGCCCAAGAGCGAGCAGGACGAGGCUCAGAUCACGAUGGCAGGCGACGACGUGGAGCUGCCCGACGAGCUCGCCCGCAUGGUUCGCCAGGACGAGGAGGAGGAGGAGGACAAGGAGUCGUUCGCGGGGCGCCUGCAUAGCCUCCAGGAGAUGGACAUCGACACCAUCAAGGAGAAGGCCCAGGAGACCUUCAAUGAGCUCAAGACCUCGGUGGCCGAGCACAAGUGCCACGUCAUGUAAAAAAAAAAUGGGGGGGGGGGUCGUGCCGAGUUGCGCUGAAGAGUUUUGUGCCCCCCCUCUCCCCCACUCGUGGUUUCGAAACUUGCCCCCCACCUCCCAUCCCUCCCACCUAUCCCCACCCCCCUAGCUGGCGGCCACCCUGGUAAAUACUGCGCCGCGCGUAUUUAUCCACCAUUACACGCCCCGUCACGCGAGGUUAUUCGAUUGAUAUAUUUCAACAACAAAUUAUUGCAACGGUAUUGUAGGCCGUGUGCUGGCAGGUGAUGGUUCAAAUUUGCCGAAUUAAAAAAAAAUCUAAAUCACUUGCAGGGGGCGUGCCUCUGCCCAUAUAUGGAAGAAAGUAAGCGAGACGUGCUUCUGCCCAUAUAUCGUGUUGUUAGAACCCGACUCGAGGUGUCUCUGUAGUAUCGAUUCCACUCACAGUCCAUCUUAGAGCCACGUUGAGUAUCGAUUCAACAUCGAGGCUUAAUCAUUGCGUCGAUUCAUUCAUCCACGGAUCGAGUAGUCCCAUUGGUGAGUACAGCGUCGUGUGAAACGUCCACCCCCCUCCCUCAUUUUUGAUUGGCUAAUAUUGACGUGACCGCGUGCUUCGCUCGCAGUCCUGUUUUUGUUACUCAUCGACAGCGCUGGAGCCGAGGGCCAAAACACGAGCAUUCAAUUAGCCUCCCUACUUUCCACCCCUGUUCCCUCCACAUUAGAUGUUGUUAUCCUUUUUUCGAUUUAAAGCUUUCGUGACUGCAGGGAUUCGUCUUCUUGGUUCU